AAAGAUUAGCAGUCAGUCUGAUCAUUGUUCUUCAUUUGGUUGAGCGCGCUUAACACUGAGGAAACAGCAGUCAUGCCUAAAAGAAAGAUAAAUCUGCUGGAGGUUUGGCGUCGGAAUCGCUCUGCUCACCCAAACAGAGCCAAGAAUUUAAGACUAUGGCCUCAUCAACUGUCACAGUUGAAGGACCCGGAGGUGGUGGCAUCUCUGACCCAGCAGAAUGCCAAAAUGGCGAGUUUACUCCCCCCUACAGGCACAGAUGUGUUCCGGCCCUUCACUCAGGAGUCGCUCGCCAAGAUCGAGCGAUGGAUGGCAGAGGAGGCCAUCGAGCAGGAGCGGCUGAAGGCUGAAAAUAUUGAGGUGGGUGAGGAAGACCUGCCCAAACCCAGCAGUGAUUUGGAGGCAGGAAAGGUCCUGCCUUUCAUCUAUGGAGACCCCCCAUCAAAGCUUCUCAAUGUGCCUCUGGAGGAGUUGGAUCCAUAUUACAGAGCAAAAAAAACUUUCAUUGUGAUCACCAAAGGAAAUACAAUAUACAGAUUCAGUGCUGAACCCGCCUGCUACAUUCUGAGUCCAUUCAGCCCCAUUCGACGAUUUGCCAUCCGAAUACUCAUACAUUCAUUGUUCAGCAUGUUUAUUAUGAUAACCAUCAUGUCAAACUGUGUGUUCAUGACCAUGAGUGACGCACCAGCCUGGAGCAAAACAGUAGAGUAUGUUUUCACUGGCAUUUACACCUUUGAGGCAACAGUAAAAGUGUUAUCCAGGGGAUUUUGCAUGGGUGAUUUCACAUUCCUUCGAGACCCGUGGAAUUGGCUGGAUUUCAUAGUCAUCACCAUGGCGUACCUCACAGAGUUUGUGGACCUGGGAAACGUGUCAGCUUUAAGGACCUUCCGUGUUCUCCGUGCCCUCAAAACGAUCACUGUGAUUCCAGGUCUGAAAACCAUCGUUGGAGCCCUGAUUCAGUCAGUGAAGAAACUGGCAGAUGUCAUGAUCCUCACUGUCUUCUGUCUCAGCGUGUUCGCUCUCAUCGGCCUGCAACUCUUUAUGGGAAAUCUGCGGCAAAAGUGCGUCAUUUGGCCUCCGACCUUUGAAACCAAUGAAACCCUGAGCGCAGACUUCAAUCACACAAGCUUUAAUGACACGGAAAAUGGCAACAGCACUUUUAACUUCCAGGAAUACAUUAAUAAUCCAGUGAAUUAUUACUACCUUGCUGGCCAUGUAGAUCCAUUACUCUGUGGAAACAGUUCUGAUGCAGGAAAGUGCCCUGAGGGAUUCAUGUGCUUGAAGGCCGGCCGAAACCCAAAUUUUGGCUACACCAGUUAUGACUCCUUUGCAUGGGCUUUCUUAGCGCUUUUUCGGCUAAUGACUCAAGACUUCUGGGAAAACUUAUUCCAGUUGACCCUCCGGGCCGCUGGGAAGACCUACAUGAUCUUCUUUGUGAUUGUCAUCUUCUUGGGCUCCUUCUACCUCAUCAAUCUGAUUCUGGCUGUGGUGGCGAUGGCGUACGCAGAGCAGAAUGAAGCCACCAGAGCAGAAGCUAAAGAGAAGGAGGAAGAGUACGCAAGAAUCCUGGAACAACUCAAAAAACAAUCAGAGCAGAAGCAUGCAAUACACGGCAGUAAUUCAUCCCCGUGCAGCAAAAAUAAAGACGAAGAUGAUCAAAGCUUUGAUGGAAAGGUGUAUCAUGACUUUGAUGGCAUCGCGCUGAAACCUCUUUCAGAUAGAGAGUGGACUACCGAGAUUGCAAACGCAUCCAGGGGGAGUAUGACCUACCUCGAAGUGCCUGGUGCACAUAUAAGAAAACAAAGUGCAGUGAGCGCUACAGAAAACACUUUAGAGGAGCUGGAGGAUAUUCAAAGGCCGUGUCCUCCCUGCUGGUACAAGUUUUCCGACAUAUUCCUGAAAUGGAAUUGUUGCAUACCGUGGGUGAAAUUCAAGAAGAUUAUCUACUUAAUUGUAAUGGACCCUUUGGUGGACCUGGGCAUCACCGUCUGCAUUGUGCUCAACACAGUGUUUAUGGCCAUGGAGCAUUAUCCAAUGACUGUAGGCUUUGAAAAUAUGUUGACUGUGGGGAACUUGGUUUUCACGGGUAUCUUCACGGCAGAGAUGGUUCUAAAACUUAUUGCGUUGGACCCAUAUGAUUACUUCCAGGUUGGCUGGAAUAUUUUUGAUAGCAUCAUUGUGACCAUGAGUUUGGUGGAGCUGGGCUUGGCCAAUGUUCAGGGCUUAUCUGUACUGAGGUCCUUCCGUCUGAUGCGUGUUUUCAAGUUGGCAAAGUCAUGGCCAACCCUUAACAUGUUGAUAAAGAUCAUCGGCAAUUCGGUGGGAGCCCUUGGAAACCUGACCCUCGUCCUGGCCAUCAUCGUCUUCAUCUUUGCUGUGGUGGGGAUGCAGCUUUUCGGAAAGAGCUACAAGGACUGUGUUUGUAAGAUCGCAGAGGACUGCACGCUGCCCCGCUGGCACAUGACGGAUUUCUUCCACGCGUUUCUCAUCAUCUUUCGUAUACUGUGUGGAGAGUGGAUCGAAACCAUGUGGGACUGUAUGGAGGUGGCUGGACAGGCCAUGUGCAUCAUUGUCUUCAUGAUGGUCAUGAUUAUUGGAAACCUGGUGGUGCUGAAUCUCUUCCUGGCUUUGCUGCUCAGCUCCUUUAGCGGGGACAACAUGGCAGCCUCUGAUGAUGAUGGAGAGACAAACAAUCUUCUCGUCGCCCUUUCUAGAAUCACAAGAGCCAUCGACUGGGUUAAAGCGUUUGUCAUCGGGCACAUGAGACAGUUGCUGGGCCUGAAGUCGAAGGAAGAGGCCAGGAAAGAUAAUAAAGAGGACGAUUCCAAACAGGACAUAUUUACUUCCAGUACGACAAUCAUCAGCGUGCCUAUAGCAAACGGUGAAUCUGACCUGGAAAGCCCUUACGAGGAAGGUGACAGUAUUUCCGAAGACGACGACAAAGAGGCUAUUGAUGGAAACAACAAAAUAAAAGAUGGCGAUGAAUCUUCAACGUGUAGCACAGUGGACAAUGCCCCUGGCAUGAAAGAUAUGGAAUCAGAGAUUGAAGAGGAUUCAACCAUCCCUCAGGACUGCUACACAGAACAAUGUAUCAUGCGAUGUCCUUGCUUGGAUCUUGACAUUACGGAAGGUAAAGGAAAAGUGUGGUGGAACUUCCGUAAAGCCUGCUUUACUAUCGUGGAAAACAGCUAUUUUGAAACCUUUAUUAUCUUCAUGAUUCUGCUCAGCAGUGGGGCUUUGGCAUUUGAGGACAUUUACAUGGAACAACGGAGAACGAUUAAAAUCAUCCUUGAAUAUGCAGAUCAGGUUUUCACCUAUGUGUUCGUCAUUGAGAUGCUUCUGAAAUGGGUAGCCUAUGGUUUCAAGGUCUAUUUCACGAAUGCAUGGUGUUGGCUGGAUUUUUUCAUCGUUGAUGUGUCCCUGAUCAGCCUGACAGCAAAUAUUUUAGGCUACUCUGAACUGGGGGCCAUUAAAUCUCUCCGAACUUUGAGAGCUCUGAGACCUCUUAGAGCUCUGUCCAGAUUUGAAGGAAUGAGGGUGGUGGUGAACGCCCUGAUAGGAGCCAUCCCCUCCAUCUUUAACGUUCUCCUGGUGUGUCUCAUCUUUUGGCUCAUCUUCAGCAUCAUGGGGGUGAACCUUUUCGCUGGAAAGUUUUACUACUGCUUCAACACAACAUCAGAACAAAAAUUCCUUCCCUCUGAGGUCAACAAUAAGACUGAGUGCUUGGAGCUCGCCGAGGCCGGCCAUGAUGUGCGAUGGAUGAAUCUGAAGGUCACCUAUGAUAACGUUGGCAUGGGCUACCUCUCCUUACUGCAAGUGGCAACAUUUAAAGGGUGGAUGGACAUCAUGUAUGCUGCGGUGGAUUCCCGUGAGAUCGAAACGCAGCCGGAGUAUGAGUCCAAUCUCUACAUGUACCUUUACUUUGUUAUUUUCAUCAUCUUUGGCUCCUUCUUCACGCUUAACCUUUUCAUUGGUGUCAUCAUUGAUAAUUUCAACCAGCAGAAGGCAAAGUUUGGGGGUAAAGAUAUCUUCAUGACAGAGGAACAGAAAAAGUACUACAACGCCAUGAAGAAACUUGGCUCCAAGAAGCCGCAGAAACCCAUACCGAGACCUGCGAACUGCUGUCAAGGCUUGGUAUUCGACUUUGUCACCAAGCAGUUCUUUGACAUCUUCAUUAUGGUCCUGAUCUGCCUGAACAUGGUCACCAUGAUGGUGGAGACGGAUGACCAGAGUGAAGAGAAGGAAUUUUUUUUGUACUAUAUUAAUCUGUUCUUCAUUGUGAUCUUCACUGGGGAGUGCAUUCUCAAACUCAUCGCCCUGCGCUAUCACUACUUCUCUGUCGGCUGGAACAUCUUUGAUUUCGUGGUGGUCAUUCUUUCAAUCGUAGGUCUUUUACUGGCAGAUCUUAUCGAGAAGUACUUCGUUUCGCCCACCCUUUUCCGUGUCAUCAGACUGGCCAGAAUCGGUCGCGUCCUGCGGCUCAUUCGAGGUGCCAAAGGCAUCAGGACGUUACUGUUUGCGUUGAUGAUGUCACUUCCUGCCCUCUUCAACAUCGGCCUCCUACUUUUCCUAAUCAUGUUUAUUUUCUCCAUCUUCGGCAUGUCUAACUUUGCGUACGUCAAGAAAGAAGGCGGCAUUGAUGACAUGUUCAACUUCGAGACCUUUGGGAACAGCAUCAUAUGCUUGUUCAUGAUCACAACGUCCGCCGGCUGGGACGGACUGUUGUCGCCAAUUCUCAACAGUGCCUCACCAGACUGCGACCCAGAUGUGGAGAACCCAGGCUCAUUCGUCAAAGGCAACUGCGGGAGCCCGGCUGUAGGAAUCGUCUUCUUCUGCAGCUACAUUGUCAUGUCUUUCCUCGUUGUGGUUAAUAUGUACAUCGCCAUUAUUCUCGAAAACUUCAACGUGGCGACGGAGGAGAGCAGCGACCCCUUGAGCGAAGACGACUUUGAGUUGUUCUACGAAACCUGGGAGAAGUUUGAUCCCACCGCAUCUCAGUUCAUCGGUUACAGCGUGCUGUCGGAUUUCUGCGACACAUUGAAAGAGCCGCUGAGAAUCGCUAAACCCAACAUGAUCAAGUUAAUCAAGAUGGACCUUCCCAUGGUCCAUGGAGACAAGAUCCAUUGUCUGGACCUUCUGCUAGCUCUUACAACAGAGGUGCUGGGAGAUUCCGGCCAGAUGGAUGAGAUGAAGUCAACUAUGGAGGAGAAGUUUAUGGCGAACAACCCGUCGAAAGCUUCGAACGAGCCCAUCACCAGCACUCUUAAACGGAAGCAUGAAGAGGUGGCUGCCUCCACAAUUCAAAAAGCUUACCGUGCGCACGUACUCAAACGCUCCCUCAAACACGCCUCGUAUAUGUACAGAGAGAAAACAAACGCGAAGAGAAAAGAUGAGGAAUCUCCAGAGAAAGUAGGGAUGGUAGCUGAGAAAAUGAGCCAGUGUUAUGGAGAUCAAGCCUUUGAGGACGACCAAGCUCUCGGCUUCUCUUUUCCCCAGCAAGGAAAAAAGCAGCAGAAAGCAAAGUGUCCUCCGGUGAGGGUUCAGAGUGAUGUGAUCUUACAUUCUGCCCCCUUUUCCAUCCGUGACUCCGUUGUAGAGAACUUGAGAGAGUCCAUUGUGUAGAAGCAUCCACCCUCAAUAUACACAAAACCAGGAAUGCACAACAAUACUGAGACCCUUCAGGAGACUGUUUGUUCAUCUUCAGAGUUGAACUAUGGCACAUGUGUUAAAAAAAAUUAAGAGCGGUUACCUGACUGGGAUGUCAAAUGGUAAAGAAUUUUGAUCAGUAUAAUUGAUGCAAUCCUUGCGGAUCAGACAAUCACUGACUGUUUGACGAACGGCACUGGAAAGGUUUGGGCUGUAAACUUGACCUCCUAGUGCAUAUAUCAAAGCAGCCAAAAAUGUUUUUGAUGCACAGACCCUUAGAGAACGCUAGAGAAAUUCAGAAGGGUUUUUUUAUGUUUUUUUCAGGAUUUAAAGCUAUAGAUUGUAAGCACAACAACAUUGCUUACUAACCAUUCAACUCAUACGCUCUUAAAAAUAAAGGUUCUUAAAACUAACUGUACAGUUCCAUGAAAAACAACAGAACCUUUACAUUGCUGAAAGACUCAUGGUAGUGACAAAAAACCUAUAAAGCUUAAGCAAGAAAUGGUUCUUUGGCUAAAAGGGAAAGGCUGCACAGAACCGUUCACAGAAACAUUAUUUUUAAGAGUGUUGUAUACUUCAAUCCCCUUUAUGGAGGUAUGUUACAGAUAACUUAUCUAACUUUAUUUCAUUUCAGUUAUUUUGUCAUUUAACUAUUAGAGAUUUUUGUUACUAAAACAUUUUUCACUGUUCAAUGUAGCUGUAGGUUAAAAAUUUGCACUAACAGUAAAAAUAUAAUUUAACAAUGAAAAAAAUAUAUUUAAAAGCAUUAGUCUUACUAGUUCACUGUUAAACCAUGUAUUAUUACUUUGCCUUGCUGCCUUAUUCAGAUCUUACUAUAGCAAAUAUUUCAGUGGUCUUUUAAUACAAUAGUACUCUGGUAGUAUUGUAAUCACUGCCUAAUACAAGCAUUAAACGAUUAUCUUAAAAACAUCUUGCUGCUGUUAAGGAUGAGCUCAGAACAUAUCAUUAAAAAUACAAUAUGCAAUUUAGUGCUUCACUGCCCAACUAAACAUUCUGUCAUGUAAAUAUGGAUCCUGUAAUAUUUGCCUUUGAGGUUUUUUUUGCCUUAUGAGCCUUUCUUUAAAUGCAAAUUUGCUCGUUCCAAGUAUAAAGUCUGUGAAAUCCUAGGUUUAUUGAAUAACAUUUUUUUGGAUACGCCAAUACCCUCAUACUGUGGAGACACUGUCUGUGAUGUUCUUUAAUAUAGACAUUUAUUUCUUGCUUUAUUUAUUUCUGAACCUUUUUUAAAUGUAACAUUUUGUACUUUUUUUUAGAUUUAUUUCAUUUAAUGGAGCGCUAAUGUUUAGAAGCUGAUGUUUAUUAACCCCCUUUUAAGGUUUUUAGUUUCUUGAGCUUCAACCCUUCACUUUUAUUUAUGGGAUUCUUAACUUAUAUUUUUUCUAAUGCAAACCAAAGGUUAGUAAAGAUAUUUAUUUUUGCUUUAAUAAGCCAUAUUUUGAGGUUUCCAAGUCAUGUGGAUUUUUAUUUAGGUCUUAAGACAUAAAAUCUAAAUUAGCACUUUGAUGAAAUGAUAGCUGUCCAUCACUUCAAGAUAAAUUAGUAGUUGUUUACAGCAUUAGUUAACAUAUAAUAAUUAAUAGAUGAUAUGUGACAAAUUAGAAUAUCAAUGAAAUCCAGUUCUGAAUGUCAUUUUAUACAACAAUGGAAAAAGUCUGUUUUCUACUUACCAUACUUACCAUAAAGCGAAUUGUGUAAUGUCGACAUGAAUGCAAUAUAAAUACAAGAAGAAUGAUUUAAGCUGGACUUUACUGUUCUGCUAGCCAAUGACAACAUCUGUUACUUCUUCACAUCUGCUGAAUGCAUGUUGUUGAUGUCACAUUUUGCAGUUGUACAUUUUACUGUAUACUCUUUCUCUGUUUACAUUAUUGGAAUAAACAUUUUGUUGACUCUUUGCUUGUUUAUUAAAUUGAGGGAUUAUAAAAUUGAAGUAGCAAAACUUAAGGUUAAGGAAUAUACAUUUUAAAGGAACAAUCAAAAAACGUCUUGUAUUAGAGUUGAUAUGGCAAACAUACGCCAUCUAGUGCUCAAACAAUAAGACCCCUUAAACGGAAAGUUCACCCAAAAAUGAAAAUUCUGUCAUCAUUUACUUACCCACCUUAUUUCAAACCUGCAUGACUUUCUUUCUUUAGCAGAACACAAAAGAAGAAAAACCGUUGGUCCCCAUUGACUUGCAUUGGUUUUGUGUCCAUACAACAGAAGUCAAUUGGGGACCAACAGUUUUUGGCUACCGACAUUCUUCAAAAUAUCUUCUUUUGUGUUCUUUGGGAGAAAGAAAGUCAUACAUGUUUGACAUGAUAAGAGGGUGAGUAAAUGAUGACAGAAUCUUCAGUUUUGGAUGAACUUUCCCUUUAAGAAAAACAAAAAGAUUCAGAUUAGGACAAAGAUAAGUCAUUUGGAUACUCUAAUUCGAAUGUAUUUAAAAGUACAACAGUAGGAUAUGCCAUAAAGAGCUGACUAAAUAAAUAAGUAAAUGCAAACUACAGUACUGUAGAGAUAACUUAACACUAUAAGUAAAACCGAAUCAUGACUGCCUGUCCCCCAUUGGCCAUUCAUGAUCUAUCAGUAAGUAUGCAUGUGUGACUCUACCAAACUGACUCGUGCCACCCAGAUGGGCAUAGCAGGAAAACCACUGCGGCAUCCACUAGAUCACAGCUGCUCGAGUUCUGUGCAUACAAAUGAGGUCAGAGGUCAGCUGUGAAGUGUGAUCUAAGGACUGAAGGUCACUGCAUCUCUUUCACACUGAAAGAAGAGUGGUGUUAGUAUGCUCAUUCCAUCUCACUGCAGUUUGAGUGGCACAGACUCUUAAUGAUAUAGUAAAUAUCAUCUUGCAUAACUGAAACUUAAAACAAUUUCUAUAUGUUUUGAAAGAGGGACAGUUCAGCCAAGAAUGAAAUUUCUUUCAUUAUUUACUCAGCAUCAUGUCAUUCCAGACCUGUAUGACUUUGUUUCUUCUGCAGAACACAAAGGAAGAUAUUUUGAAGAAUGUUGGUAACCAAACAACAUUGGCCCCUCUUUGACUUCCAUUGUAUAGACACAAACCACAGAGACAUUUCUCAAAAUAUCUUCUUUCUUGUUUUGAACAAGAAAGAGUAAUACACAGCUUUUGAACAACAUGGGGGUGAAUAAAUGAUGACAGAAUUCGUUUUUACUUUUGGGUGAACUCUUUAAAAUGUCUUGAGCAUGUAACCUUUUCGUUAACAUGCUCCUGAAUGUUUCCCUCAGCAUUGUCAGUCUAUGUGACCCGAGCAACCUUUGUUUGCUCCGUUAACAGGCUGGAUGGGAAUGCGAGGGUCCCGUCCAGGGAUUCAGCCUUUCCGUAAGCAAAGGACGCACUGGAGAAGCCUGCCCCGUCAACAAGCGGUGCAUCCAAAGCCAAGAACCC